GGGGGAGAGAGUGAGUACGUUUCACAGGAUCCAGGCCUAGUAGUGUUGCCGCUGGGACUCUCCUCAUCCGCUUUCAAAAAAUUGGAAAUUGGCACAUUUAAACGCCAAAAUGAGCAGGUUGAGGGUCAUGUUUGCGGUGGGCGACACCGGAAUGGGAGGAACCAUGCCAGCAUGAGUGGGCCUUAUGCAGGCCCUGGCAGGGAGACCCAUCAGUCCAGCUGCCCUUUGACCCCUGGCCGUGACCUCUCCUCCCACUCCUGCCCCUCCAGACGACAUGAUCACAGGAUCGGCCUAACCAUGUCUGCAGCCGCCUCCUCCCUCAAGCAUACAUCCGUCUAUGGGUUCACACAAAGGGACCACUCCUCCUCUUCAUCGUCCUCCUCUUCCUCAUACAGUCCUCUCAGGAGGCUGCAGCAUCUCACCACCAUGGUGAGCCAGCCGGACCUGGUGCUGCCGGUGAGGGAGCCGGAGAGGAGCUGGGACUGGGGGUCGCACAAGAAGGACAGGGACUCCUGGGCGGAUCGCACUGGCAGGGAUUAUUCUGGCAGCCAGAUUACAAGCCGAGAGGAGAGCUUCAGUGGCUCCUCUCCUGCACAGAAACCACCCGAGGUCCAAACUGGAAGUAGAGACACACCUGCAGCCAAUCGAAGCAAUGCCACUGCUUCAGAGAAAAAGACUGAAGGUUGUUUCUCGGGCCCGCCCAGCCCGGCCUUCUCUCUCGACAGCAACAGCCCCUUUGCCAACGGCUUGCUGCACUUUGAGUCCUCUUUAUUUGAGGAUGACGACAACGACGAAGAGCGAGGGACAGCGUCGCCCAUCGGAGGCGUGCAGGAUCAACACGAAUCCAGGAAUGUUCUCCAGUCCACACCCGGAAAUGGAAAUUUGGACUCCAAGGAUGCUAACCAGUCGUCGGCCAAGGUCGUCACCCGCUCCCAGUCCUCAGGGCAGCGCAGGAGAUACUGGGACGGUUCGGAGGACGAGUGGGAGAGCGGCAGCGAGCUGUUGCUGUUUGAAGAUAGUCUCUCAAGGCCUUCGGUGCAGCAGAACAGUGUCAAGAAAAAGUCGCUGCCGCCUGUGAAGUUUGUAGAGGGAGAAGUUGUUUGGGCAAAGUUCAACCGGAGACCUUGGUGGCCCUGUGAGGUGACUGUUGACCCCGUACAGGGAAUCUACCACAGAGUGAAAGAGCCCAGCGACCGGCCCUGUCGACUCUACCACGUCAGGACCUUCGGGGAGCCUGUGGAGCUGGUCUGGGUGGAGGAAAAAUCAACUCACGCUUUUUAUGGAGGCUUUCAAUUCGAACAGAUCCUCCUACUGCACCGGAGGGGGAAGCAAAGGGAGCAGAACAACAAAUACACCAUUGCGAAGCGUUUUCAGGACUCUUGGAAAUCCAGUGUGGCAGAAGCUGAAGCUGUUCUCCGGGACAGAACCAAAAUGGCUUCCUCCCUUUCUAUUUCAAUAGAUGAUGGUUUCCAUGACAGUUCCACACUGGAGAGAGAAAACAAGGCCCAUCCAACCUUUCCUCCUCCCACCUCACCUGUUCCCACCCUUCCUGAAAAAUCGCACAUAACUAAUGGAUCCUUCUCAUCCCCAGCAAUCUCAUCCCCACUUACAACUCCAACAAAGCCAAGCACUUUAAGGAAAUCUUCCGGCAAGAAGAAACAGAGUAAAUCAUCAAAGGACACGAAUAGUAAACACUCUAAAAAUCCGCUGCGCAAUAGCCCUGACCAAUCAGAUAGAGACAAUGGAGAGUGCCCGUACUCUGACCUCGACUCAGUCCCGAAGAUUUUGUGUCCUAAAGCACUUGAACGUCAGCCGAAGUUAGUUCCGACUGUCACGGUUGUCAAAGAGGUGAAGAAGCAGCCAGAGAUUCAGAGUGGGCUCUGGUUUAGCAAAUCAGGCAAAGACAGGCGACCUAAAACAACCAGUCCAAUGCCGGACCGCACUCUCUUCGGCAAGGUGCCCUGUAAGAAAAAGAACUCAUCUGUUGUUAGUAAAAAGACGCUGGUUCCUUGUGCCUCUUCCUCGUCCAGUAGCGGGGCCAGUGACCAGUCAGGGUUGUCAGACAAGCAUAAGCCUCUGGUACCAGCUGAAAGCAAUGUGCCAUCUGAACCGUCAGGACAUUUGAAGUGUAAAAUCGCAGCAGCUGCUAAUAGGUCUUUUGGUACAAAUAGCAGUACUGCUGACCAGCAGUCUCUGGUCUCUAUUGAAAGUGGAUGUUCAAAGGUUCGGCAGACAGUCGGAAAUUCCACUGAUAACGUUUCUGGCUCGUUGUCUGGUCAAUUAGGUAGCUCAGAUGUUAAAAAGGCCUCAGAGCCCAGCGUAGAAGUCAGUAUCAGUGACCAGAGUCUGUGUUUAGAAAGCGUUAAGAGUGUCAGUCAAAUUGAGCAUUCUGACCUGCCAGCCACUGAAAAGGUUCAUACAACUUGCAAAGAAAAAGAAAGCAGCAAAACUUCAACAUCCACUCUAAAAGCUGACACUACUGACUCAUUAGCAAGGCUAGAAAAGCAAAAAAGUCUCGUCUCCAAGUGUAGGCUUCCCUUUGUGAAAUUAAUACGCAAGGACAUCAAAGAUAGGAAGUUCCUAAACGCUACGGUAACUAUUCGUCCCACUGAACAAUCUGUAUGCACAAAGAAAGAGAAAACACCAGAUACGAAUGCAACUAAAAUAUCCUCCAAACAGUUAGAGUGGACAGAUGGCAAGAAAAGCACCUCCAUAGUCAGUUUAGAAUCCAUAAAGGUCUCAGUUAAGAAGUUAAAGGCGAGUGCUGGGUCUGAGUUGCUGCAUCUCUCGUCAGAAUCAUCACAUGGAAAUAAUAUUGUGGCUUCCACUGCGUCUGCUGAUGAAUCAGGUAGCCCAGAAACAGAAAGUAAACCAAAUGUAAGCCCAAGCAGUGCGACUUACUCAUCCUGUAACCAGUCAGAUCGGUCAGAAGGUCAGAAGAUUUCUGCCUCUGAUCUAUCAAACAACUCCUCUGACCAGCGAGGCACUUCAGAGCAAAAAAUUACAUCUGUCACAGCUUGUACUACAACUGCUCUGCCAUCUCAGCGGCAUGAGAGCUCAGUGUGUAAGAAUCCUCUGGUGCCUGAAGGCCCGUCUCCUGAGAAAUCCAAGAAAGUUGUCCACAAAUCAAAGCAGGUUCCAGCUGAAGUGAAUAAAGUCCUACUUGAGCCGCCUGCCCACCUCCCGGCCAGCAACCGGCUGAUGACCAGAGCACUGAAGGCCAUGCACGAGGCGGAGCAGAAGAAGCGUGAAAAGAAACGAAAGGGGGCUGAACAGAAACAACUCUUGAGUCCUUUCAGAAAAUCUGAGGACCCUGUGUGGAAUCCUGAAGCCAAAGUGGACUUUUGCACUAAAAUAAAAUCUCUGAAAUCCCGAUGUAAAGACAACGGUGAGUAUGAUCGGGACAGUUUUUCUAGCUGUAGCACCCCCACUUUGAUUUUUUCUGAUUCAAAUGACUUUGAUGUCAAGAGCGAAGACGAAGACCUCUCAAUAUCCUCAACUCCACCCAUGGACUUCAUACCCCUCACUUCUAGAGUAAAGGCAGAGAAGGAAGAUCAUUCCUCUGACGUGCGCGCCUCAUCUUCGCCAUCCUCACCGUUUUCUUUUAUGAACGCUUUCAAAAAUGUGGAGGAGGUCUCGUUUCAGUCCCUGACGAAUGAGAGGGAUGGUAAACCCAUCUCUUUCAAGCCAGACGCAAACUACAAGUUCAGCACUUUCCUCAUGAUGCUAAAGGACUUGCAUGACACUAGAGAGCGAGAUGGUGCGCCCUUAGAGCUGGAGAUCGGGCCACCGAGUGCACAUGUGAAGGAGGAGCCUUUAGUGAUGCCAGGGGAGGCUACACCUGUAGGGCAAGAUCAACAAAUUAAAUAUGUUCACAGCAAUUCAAUUUCAAGUCUAAACAAAAAUAUAAUCACACACAGUAAAGUUGGCACAAUUCAGACGGCCAAGAGGCCCUACAACAGGAGAGGAAGCUCCACCGGGGUGAAAAAGAAAACCAACCGCAAAGUGCCUUGUCGUCCUGCCAGGUCCGGGCCUGGUUUCCCAGGACUGGAGUCCCCGUCAGGAAUGAAACCCCUGCCAGCAAUGGACGCUUCAUCAAGAGGUGAUUGCUCGUCCAGAGUGCUGGGGUUACAGAGCAGCAGCUGGGAGAGGCAGUCUGGAGGUGGUGGAGUGGUCCGGAUGGAGGAGGAGGAGAGAUGGAGCAGAGUGAAGGAGAAUCUACAGAACAUGGUGCCUUUCGAGCAGAGGGAGUGUGACACUACGCUGGGUUUGGAGCAGCCCAACGGCCUCGUUGCAAACUGCACUAAGAGUAAUUUAACGUAUGGCGCUGGAGGAGGCGACAAGGCUCCAACAGCACAUAAACGAAUAAGAAAACCAAGCAAGAGGCUGAUUGAAUGGACUGAAGAGUACGACCAGAUUUUCUCCACGAGGAAGAAAACCAAAAAGCCUCUCCAGUCGAUUGGAAAGGCCACCCAACCCAUUACCUCCACGUCUGAGUCCUCGGGGACGGACAAGAACACGCACGACCAUCCGUCCUUGAAUUUACUUCCUGAAAUACAGACGCCGCCUCCUGAGGAAAUCGCUGCUCCAACGCCAGCGGAACUACAAAUUCCCAGCACUGAAAACACAUCUCCCCAAGAUGCACCUGUUCUCUCCAUCGACACAUUAACGCCUCCCCCUGAAGCUGAACCUUCGCUGUCAGAUGGCCUCGUCAAAGGCAACGGAAGUGCUCCUGUGCUGGAGAAGAAGCGUAAGAGGAAACCCACCCAGAAGAUCCUGGAGUACUGCCUGGAGGCCGAGGCGUCAACGGGCCCCAAGAAGAAGGUCAAAACACUGAAGAACAGUUCAAAUCCUGCUCCUCAAUCUGAUUCUGCAGCACCACCUUUAAAAAUAAAGAAUAAAGCACUCACAGCCUCCACACCGACUACAGUCUCUGAGCUUUCCACCAGUUCACCCACAGCCACCAUUCAGACGGAUCACAGCACUCCGGCACCCGCCAGCGGACCGCCAGCUUCACCUGAACCCAGCCAGGUGGAGACGGUACCAGUAGACGAUGGGGCUCCUCAACCGGACGACAGUAAAACUGAGGAGGUGAAAAAGGACUCAGCAGAGUCAGAGGGUGAACCGUCCAGCCUGGACCACAGUUUCUCCUCCAUGAAGGACGAGUUGUCGCUGUGUGAUGACACACUUUUACCCGCGAGGAAGAUCAUCGGCGACCGAGGAGGUCCAGCCUCCAUGAAGGAGAACAUAUGUCAGGUGUGUGAGAAGACGGGGGAGCUGCUGCUCUGUGAGGGUCAGUGUUGUGGAGCUUUCCACCUGGCCUGCAUCUCUCUGGCCGAGGCGCCGAAGGGGAAGUUUGUCUGUCCAGAGUGCAAAUCAGGCGUCCACACCUGCUUUGUGUGUAAAAAGCGCAGUGAGGAUGUGCGGCGCUGCAUGAUUCCUGUCUGUGGGAAGUUCUAUCACGGAGAGUGCAUCGCCAACUACGCUCCGACUGCGCCGGUGAACCGAGGCUUCCGCUGCUCGAUCCACGUCUGCCUCACCUGCUUCAUCGCCAACCCCAACGGCUCCAACAUCUCUAAAGGUCGUCUGGUUCGGUGUGUGCGCUGCCCGGUAGCUUACCACGCCACAGACCUCUGCAUGGCAGCCGGCAGCGUCGUGCUCUCCAACAACAGCAUCAUCUGUCCAAACCAUUUCACCCCUCGACGCGGCGUCAAGAACCACGAGCACGUCAACGUCAGCUGGUGCUUCGUCUGCACCGAAGGUGGCAGCCUGCUGUGCUGCGAGUCCUGUCCAGCUGCGUUUCACCGCGAGUGUCUGAACAUCGAGAUGCCUAAAGGCAGCUGGUACUGCAACGACUGCAAGGCCGGGAAGAAACCUCGAUACAAAGACAUCCUCUGGGUGAAGGUCGGCCGCUACAGGUGGUGGCCUGCAGAGGUCAGCCAUCCCAAAACAAUCCCAGAAAACAUCCAGCGAAUGAGGCACGAUGUCGGGGAGUUCCCGGUUCACUUCUUCGGCUCCAACGACUACCUGUGGACGUACCAGGCCAGAGUCUUCCCCUACAUGGAUGUGGACGCCAACAGCAAAGAAAAGAUGGGGAAAGGUGUUGAUGCAACGUACAAGAAAGCUUUGGAGGAGGCGGCUGUGCGAUUUCGUGAGCUGCAAGCAGAGAAGGAGCUUCGACAGCUUCAAGAAGACAGAAAGAACGACAGGAAGCCACCUCCAUACAAACACAUUAAGGUGAAUCGACCAAUCGGAAAGGUUCAGAUCUUCACGGCCGACUUAUCGGAGAUCCCGCGAUGCAACUGCAAGGCGACCGAUGAGAGUCCGUGUGGGAUGGACUCCGAGUGCAUCAACCGAAUGCUGCUAUACGAAUGCCAUCCGCAGGUUUGCCCAGCUGGUGAGCGCUGCCUCAACCAGGCGUUCACCAAGCGUCAGUACAGCCAGGUGGAGAUCUUCAGGACGCUGUCUCGAGGCUGGGGGCUUCGCUGCGUCCACGACAUCAAGAAGGGUCACUUUGUGAGCGAGUACGUCGGGGAGGUGAUCGAUGAGGAGGAGUGCAGGUCGAGGAUCAGACACGCUCAGGAGAACGACAUCUGUAACUUCUACAUGUUAACUCUGGACAAGGACCGGAUCAUCGAUGCCGGGCCGAAGGGGAACGAGGCUCGCUUCAUGAACCACUGCUGUCAGCCAAACUGUGAGACCCAGAAGUGGACGGUGAGCGGAGACACCAGAGUGGGACUGUUCGCUCUGGUUGACAUCUCUGCAGGCACAGAACUCACCUUCAACUACAACCUGGAGUGUUUGGGAAACGGGAAGACGGUCUGUAAAUGUGGAGCACCAAACUGCAGCGGCUUCUUAGGCGUCAGGCCAAAGAACAACCCUCCAUCUGAAGACAAAGGCCGCAAGCUGAAGCGGAGAGGCCACGGCAAGAAGAAGAAAAAGGUGGUUUUGACCAAAGAAAGGGAGGACGAGUGUUUCAGCUGCGGUGACGGAGGUCAGAUGGUUUCCUGUAAGAGACCCGGAUGUCCCAAAGUUUACCAUGCAGACUGUCUGAACCUCACCAAGAGGCCUGCAGGUCGGUGGGAAUGUCCGUGGCACCAGUGCGACAUAUGCGGUAAGGAGGCGGCGUCCUUCUGCGAGAUGUGUCCCAGCUCCUACUGCGCCCAGCACCGCGACGGCCUGCUCUUCAUCUCCAAGCUGGAUGGCAAGUUGUCCUGCAGCGAACACGACCCCUGUGGGCCGGAGCCGCUGGAACCGGGGGAGAUCCGGGAGUACGCACCUGAGCCCAGAGCUCUCCCCUCUGGGCUGGGGAUGGCCGUCAUCCCCCCUGCCAACUCCUCCACCACCACCACCAGCAGCAGUGCGACCCCGACCUCCAGGAGGACCCAGGAGAGCAGCUCCGGGGCCAACGUGUGUGCUUCCGAGCCGUUUCCCGCCUUUUCCAUCCCGGUUCCCAUCACCAUCCCCGUCGCCGCUCCCGCCGCCUCGCCUCCGCCCAGCAGCUCUGACGCUCCCAGCAGCCCACACGUGUUCGACCUCCCGCACUACUCGCCUAUCUCCUCAUAUGAGGAGGAGAGGGACGUCUUAGAGGAGGACGAGGAGGAGCUGUUGGCUGAAGAUGAUGAUGAGGAGGAGGAGGAAGAGGAGGAGCUAGUGGAAGAGGGCGAAGUAGGGAGGCAGAAAUCAGACACUAACCAAGAGGAUGGAGAGGCAGAGAUGGAGGAAGAGGGGCUGGAAUACCUGGAGCUCAAAGACGAAGAGGAGGAAGACGAUGAUGAUGAUGACGAGGACGAGGAGGAGGAGGAGGAGGAAGAGGAAGAAGAAGAGGAGGAGGAGGAGGAAGAGUGAUGCACAGUGAAUUAUUCUAAACAGAAUCAACAGAGUCACUACAGUGGGGAAGCACAUGGAGAUGAAUGAGUCAGAGUCGGUCACUGUUCGUAUUCAGUCAUCAGCUGGAUGUACGGAGAGAUUUGUAGGACAAAACGUAAAUAAAUUGUGAGGUUUAAAAAAAACAAAAAAUAGGCAGCAUCCUGUAUAGAUUUAUAUAUAAAUAUAUAUAGACACACUGACACAUAUUCAACAAAUUCACAGUUUAUUUAUGCUUGCGUUUUGUCCUAGUAAUCGCUCCCUGACCUCGUUACACACUUGCUGUGAGUGCAAAGACAAUUAUCCAGAACUGCCACAUAAAACUUCAAACACAUUUCACUUCGAUACGCUUGUUUUCUCACGUCAUCCAAAUUCACCUGCUUGGUUUGUAUUUCAGGUGUCAUAAAGUGGACGUGUGGGAGGCUGCUCCAGUUGUUUUAUGCUAGAAAAAAACCUACAGCCUCCGGUCACUCUUCAGCUCACAGGUUCGGGACUUUAGGACCAACAGAGUCGUGGUGGUGCUCAGCUUAGGACUUCGACUGGGUUACAUUUGAAUUAAAUCAUGUUUACAUCGCUGCAGUUGGAGGGUGGCUGUGAUUAGUACCAGAAACAAUAUUUGUAUUUGUUCGUAAUUCAACCAGUUGAGGUUCUCUGUAUCCUUUAUAAGUUUGUUUAUGAUGAAUGAAACACAGGCCUCCACUGGAUUUCAGUACUAUGAAUUAAACAGGACACACACUGCUGGUUCGUGGCAUCACCUGCCUUGGCCGCCAGACUCAAACUUCCAUCCAGGACUUGACGACCUGAAACACAGGAGUCGCUGCUUCCGUUAAAUCCCGUCUCUCCUCCCGUUUCCAGUUCUUCUUGACGCCUCACAUCGUUUGUUGGUGCUUCAAGAUCAGUGAAAAUAUGCUAGACGAGUGGCUGCCUGGGACAGACUCCACCACGGCAACUUUCUCUCCGUUGAUCUCAACCGUUGAAGUCAUUCAGUUUAAUGAAAAUAAUUCAUUUUCACUAGAUAGAGAUAGUUUUGGGUUGCAGCUGCUACUAGUGAUUCACAGGAUAACUCUAGGUUUGAACAUUUCAUGCCAAAAAAGACCCCAAACUGACGAGGAUUUGGUGUUGUGCUCGUAGUGGUCUUCGUGUCAGGGUGGCAUAGACACAAAGAAAGCAUUGAUGCCAUCGUAGGACAAUCUCAUAGGUUGUUUAGCAGCUCCAUGAGUCAGCCUGUCUGCAGUUUUUACAGACCGACUCUCCUGAAGGUCACGUCCUCCGUUAUCUAACGUGGGGCAACACGAAAUGGACACUCGGCCUCGGCCUCUCGGUCUGUGGCGGUGUGAAUGCAGACGUAGCACUCGGUCGGCUCCAGUGUGUAUUCUGUGCUCUGUGGUCAUUAUUUAUAUGCUGUUCUGUGACGCACAAAUGAUUAGGAGGGAGAGCUGCGGCUGUGUCGGCGCUCCCUCUCCUCGUUCUGGGCUCUCCAUCGAGGGGGGAAACUAAAGUCUCUGAUUGGAAGUGAGACGCUUGAAACAACGGACUCCUGCAAUGAUGCUUGCACUUCAGUAUGUGUUCUUGCCACAUGUGUUUCGCUCUGUCUUCAAGCUUAAUAUUGUCUGUGUGUUAUCUGCCAAUGCCUUAGAGUGUAUUUCUUUGGAGAUAUUUUUAAGGAAUGGUUUGGCGCCUGUGAGAGCCAAGUUUCCCUACUAAUGCCUUUUUACAGUUGCCCAAACAAGUAAUGUUUCAUUCCAGUGUAAUUAUGACCUGUUAGAUCUCAACCAUUGACCUGUUAAAACAACUGCUAUAUAAAUAUAUAAGAAGAAGAAGUUAUGAAAUAA